AUGACAGUGCUCGCAAGACUUCGGCCGCAGGGUUGCGCGUUACGGUCAGCAGCAGCCACUCGUUCGGGGCUGCCUGUCCCCGGUCCCAGCAGAUCCCAGACUCGGUCUCUCGGCUCGAUCGGUAUCGUUGCUAUCCCGCGAAAGCAACCAUCGCCAAGAUCCAGGCUUGCGCCAGCAUGCCGCCAUAUGACCUACGACUUUCUCAACCGGCCAGCCCCAAGCAGCCUUCCAGAACAAACGGCAUCUCCGCUCGAUGAGAUCACACGCCUUCGCGAGCUCAUCAAUCGCGCCAACUCGACCAACUCCACUCUGGACAAGAGGCGCGUCGUGUCCGAGUUCGAUGACCUCAGGCCGCUGCUAGCCUUCCUCUACGACCCCUACUGCCGUCUACACGUCACUUCCGACUCCGUGCACAAGUAUCUUCGCCAAAGGAAAAAGGACAAGGAAUGGCUCAACGAGCAAGCUCCCGUUCUCACCGCUCCCUCAAAUCGCGCCAGAAACAAGACGCAAUAUGCAGCCCUUCGCGACAAGACGGAGCAGGACGCUCGAGAACAGAUGCCAGAAACGCUCUUGGAGCUCUUCUACCUCUUGGCCUCCCGUCAGAUCACUGGCAACGAGGCCAUGGCAACGAUUCACGUCUUUCUUCAGGAUCACGGCAUCCUUGAGCAGCACGAGUAUGCCUUGAGCGGCUCCGACGAUCCCAACCUCUCCACCACAGACCUCUUCCGCCGCGGUUUGCUCCGCCCGACCGCGCUGGAAAUUUUCUACCGCUGUCUCGACCGCAACCUCAAGGCCGGCGUCCGUGAAAAGACCAUAUGCUAUGCAUUCACCGGGCAUGAACCGCAUCGUCCAAACUACCAACCGAAACUCAAAGGACUUCCGGAGCUGCCGCCGAUGUCGCCCACGACGGCAGCCCUUCGCCAGCAAUUCGAGGUGGCUCUCGGCAACACGCUCUUCCGAGCCCAUCUUCCAACCUUGUUCUCGGGGCAAGACGCAUCAAAGUGGUACGCGAGCCGGAAGCUCGACGGCGUCCGCUGCAUCAUCAUCGUACGUCUGCAGCCCGAGACCUCGCCGAGCGGAUCGCAGACGUGGAAGGUCAUGUCGAUCUCCUCGCUUUCACGCAACGGUCGGCCCUUUUCGACGCUGGCAGUGCUGGAGCGUGAGAUCUCGACAACGGUGACGUCCUUCCCUGGCUUGUCUGACUUGCUCGGUCCUCUUUCUGAACGAGACAUUGCAAGCUCUGCGAACGAGUCCAGGCCGUCGCCCAAAACCACCCUGAUCCUCGACGGCGAAGUGUGCGUGCUCCGGCCGCCUGACAAGGCAUCUAGUCCUGCCGCCAAGCAGUUGGAUGCCAGCAUCACUGCACAGAAUGCCGAGCCCGCGAAUCAAGAGCUUGCCGUGGUGGAAGACUUCGCCGCCGUGGUGGGCCUGAUCAAGCGCAAGGAAUACACCAUCCCCGACCCGGCGUUCUUCCCCUUUGACCUGCUCACCCUGGAGGAGUUCGUCAAAUGGCGAUCCAGGCUUCCGCCGCCGCCGCGCAAGACGGGCGUGCGCAACGCCGUCACCAAUGGCAUCAAUCCCAGCAAGCAGAAGGGACGUAUCUUUUCCGAGCGACUCGCCGUGCUCGAAUCGCUCGUCUCGCACUUCGAGGCCGCGUCAGCCAAGCGCAAUCAGCCGAGCCUAGUGCGUCGCCUGACGCAACACUCGGUCUCGACCCCGGAGCAGGUCGAGGAGAUGCUUGGGCUUGCCAGUGAGCGCGGAUGGGAAGGCAUCGUGCUGCGCAAGGACAUGGAGUACGAGGGCAAGCGUACGUCGGCCAUCCGCAAGUUCAAGCAGUGGCGCGAUGCCGAGUACAAGGUAGUGGGCAUCACCACCGCCACCAUGCGUCUGCCCAUCAACGGACGCUUCGAGGAGCGAGAGGCACUAUCCGCUAUCCAGAUCGUCCACAAGGGCACGCGCGUAUCCGUCGGCUCUGGAUUCACCUCUGAACAGCGCGUCGAGUUCGCCAGAGAUCCCGAGAAGAUCAUCGGCAAAGCCGUCACGGUCGAGUACUUUGACGAGUCCAAGACGUUCGCACCAUCCAACGCCAAAGGGAAAAGAGACGGUGAUGGGGGAGAAGAGCGUGACGAGGUCUACAGCCUGCGCUUCCCGCGCAUCAAGCACAUCUGGGGUCAGAAGCGAGACGUCUGA